GUUACGUCAGUGACCCGCUUCAUAACAGGAGGAAAUACUGAUCGCGUUAAACUUCAUCUAACAGCUGUAACGGACCUACAGACACGUUGACACUGACAUGAAACCAUUUAAAACGUUUCUUCUGAUGAGAUCGUGUUGUUAUAUCAGUUAAAAGACAAUCAUCUGUUUUGGAGGACUCGGACAUUUAGUACUCUGUUUUAAGUAUGUCCUGUGCAUGCAGACCUGCAGCGAGGGUGAUAAAGUCCAUUUAUAAAGGUCUGUCAUGUUCCAGGGUUCAGCUCUUCACUCAUACUAAACCAGUAUGCCAUGAAGUUUAUCUACCUCAAGUUUUACUCGUGAGAUCAUUUUCACAAACAGUAGUGUGUUUGGCUACUAAAGACAGCAUGCCCCGAGAUGGUGAUGGUGGAAGGAAAAGCGUCACUGAUGCCGGGGGAAAGAGUACGUCAGUAGCGGGAGGUUCAGGUAAAGGCGGCAGUCAGCUGCGAUGUCCCAAAUGUGGAGAUCUCUGUACACACGUGGAGACUUUUGUAUCCUCCACACGGUUCGUAAAGUGUGAAAAGUGUCAUCACUUCUUUGUGGUUCUGUCUGAGUCGGACUCUGAGAAGGGUUUGAACAAGGACACAGAAACCACCUCAGAACGUGCUAAAAUCGCUUUCGCUCAGAAACCCCCUCCACCUCCUAAAAAGAUUUAUACAUACCUCGACAAAUAUGUCAUUGGCCAGUCAUAUGCCAAGAAAGUAUUGGCAGUCGCUGUCUAUAAUCAUUACAAGCGGAUCUACAACAACUUCCCAGCAGUGAGCAGACAGCAAGCAGAAGCAGAGAAACCGAGUCCUCUCACUCCCAGAGAGCUAGAGAUCAGAAGACGAGAAGAUGAAUACAGGUUUACAAAGCUGCUUCAGAUUGCUGGAGUCAGUCCCCACGGAAACGCUCUGGGUGCAUCUGUCCAGCAGCAGACCAAUAAGCAAGCACCUCAGGAAAAACUGGGCGGAGAAAUGCUUGACUCCACCCACACUGGUAUUAGACUUGAAAAAAGCAAUGUUCUGUUACUGGGACCUACUGGAUCGGGUAAAACAUUGCUGGCCCAGACUCUGGCUAGAUGUUUGGAUGUGCCAUUCGCCAUCUGCGAUUGUACCACCCUUACCCAAGCAGGCUAUGUGGGCGAGGACAUCGAAUCCGUUAUUGCCAAACUUCUGCAGGAUGCCAACUACUCCGUGGAGAAAGCCCAGCAAGGUAUUGUGUUCCUGGAUGAAGUGGAUAAAAUCGGCAGCGUGCCCGGAAUUCAUCAGCUCAGAGAUGUCGGCGGGGAAGGUGUUCAGCAGGGUUUGCUUAAACUCCUUGAGGGAACCAUCGUGAGCGUUCCAGAGAAAAACAGCAGGAAGUUGAGAGGAGACACGCUGCAGGUGGACACAACCAACAUCCUGUUUGUGGCCUCCGGUGCCUUCAACGGACUCGACAGGAUCAUCAGCCGCAGAAAAAAUGAAAAGUACCUUGGUUUUGGGACGCCCUCAAACCUGGGCCAAGGUCGCCGGGCAGCAGCGGCCGCCGAUCUGGCCAACACCUCGGGGAAUGAACUGGAGGCAGCGGCAGAGAUGGAUGAGAAAGACCAGCUCCUGCGACACGCGGAGGCGCGGGACCUCGUCGAUUUCGGGAUGAUCCCGGAGUUUGUGGGCCGUCUGCCCGUGGUGGUACCACUGCACAGUCUGAACGAGGAGACGCUGGUGCAAAUCCUUACCGAGCCGCGGAACGCUGUGCUCCCUCAGUAUCAGGCUCUCUUCAGUAUGGAUAAGUGUGAGCUGAAUGUAACCCAGGAUGCACUGAGGGCCAUCGCCCGUCUGGCUCUGGAGAGGAAAACAGGAGCCAGGGGACUCCGCUCCAUCAUGGAGAAGCUACUGUUAGAGCCCAUGUUUGAAGUGCCUCAGUCCGACAUCAUCGCUGUGGAACUGAGUAAGGAGGUGGUCCAGGGGAAAUGUCAACCGUUCUACAUUAGAGCUCCUCCUAAAGAAAGAGAAGAGUUUGACUCUGCUCUGGAUGAGGAGAACUGGCCCAGACAUGCAGACGCGGCCAAUAACUGACCUGAUGAUUCCAUUUCAAACAAUAGCAUCCUUACCGUUCAGAAAGCACAAAACAGCAUCACCUUGGGGAAGAGAGAUUGAGAUGGACCUAAGCAGAUCUUAGUUUUUUUAUUACUUGCAUAUUACGUACAGCACAACAAACAAACAACAGUUUGAAACAUGAAUCAUCAUUUGCUGUGGUGUAAAAGAGAAUAUAUGAAAACUAUUUAUAGUGAAGCUCUAGCUAUCUAACUGAAUCUCUGGGGAUCGUUAACAAUUACAUUUUUCUAAAGAUAACUAUUCUUAAAAGGAACCCAGGGUAUAGAGAGAUGUAUGGCUUAAUACGUUGUAAAAGCCUUACAUUACUAGCAUUUGUCGUUAGAAACAUAUAAAAUAUUUUCAUUUCUUUAAAAAAAACCCUAAAUGUAAUACUCAUUUAACCUAAGGAGGCCGCCAUGUUCUUUUUCGAUGACGUUAAAUGGUUGCACGUACAGGCAGCCAAACUGAACACAGACACACUAAUCAGUUCUUAAGUAAAUAUAAGGUGCUGUAUGAAAAAAAAAAUAAUAAUAAAGUAAGAAAAUAAAUACGUUAUUUGGUGUAUUUUCA